AGACCUGGUCCACUAGCGAAUCUAACCUCUAGCACAGUCUGCACUGUGAAGCCCCAGGCACAGGCCGGCCUCCCUAGGAAGGUAAAUUGUAUAACUAUCCACUCUCUGGCUUGUUUCAGGGCAGCUGACAGGUCUAUAUGGAAAACAUCGCAGAGAGUGGUAUGUUGAAAAGAAAUAAUCAUACAGAGCCUCCCUGAGGAGCAUUUAGAUCCAUAUCAUUAAUCUUCGUAACACUCCAAGGAAACAGGCAGGAGCUGAGUCCUCUCAUCCAGUGUUUCAUAAGUGAGGGAACAGGGCAGGUCAGUGGGGGCAAGCCGGGGAGGGGGAGCUUGUGCGCCGCAGGGGAGAGUUCGAGUAUCAGGAGAGAGUAAGACCCUGGAGGUCCCCAGGGCGCUCAGCCUCAUUCUGACAGCUCCCAUGCAGGCUGCAGCCUGAGCAAAUGCAGGUUUUGUCUUUUACAGGAGUAUUUAACUUUUCAGGGGGCUGGUGUCCAUACAUGGCCUUCCCCAUCUCCUUGCGCUUGGCUCUGCCCUCCAGCCCAGCCCCGCAAGCCCCACACUAAAUGUCGUGCUGUCAGUAGCUGCUGAUGAGUUUCAGUUCCAGGCCUCCAGGCAAAGGUUUUCACAAGGUCUCUGCUCCAGCUCACCUCUUCCCGAAAUGCGCUCACCACCCACCCUCGCAUCGCCUCCCCAGGCAAACCUGGGCUGUUUGCUUGACCCCAGCACCUCCUCUGACGCCUCAUUCUCCUCUGGGCUCAGUGUACCGGGCUGAAAAUAAGGAGGCGGCAAGGUUGGCCCCGUCCCCAAUCUUCUGCCACACAGCUGUGCAUAAGGGACACGGUUUAGCUUUUAUCAUUUUGCAGCCUGAAUUACUUUCUCUUUAAAGCCGCAUCUCCCCAUAUGUGGCUUAUUAACUAUUUAAUGAAACUGAUAACCAAUCUCUUACAUCAUGCUUUAUAAUUUGUAGAACUAACAUCCAUAACGCAACAGUAGAAAAAUAUAAGGAGUAAAGAUGAGAAAAAAGAUGGCAAGGUAUGGCGUCUUUCCUACGAGAUGGGGAUUAAACACUUUUGUGGUACAAUCUAAAGUGAUACCAUUUUUACAAGCUCCAGAAUGGGUUUAUUUUUCAUGUACUUAGAAGUAUCUCUUUAGGAACCCAAACAGCUGUACUGAAAUAAACUCUUCAUCUAGAAAGUGGAAAAUUACAAAGUUAAAAUUCAAAAUUCUGUGCAAUUUGUCAAAAUAAUGUCUACUGAGCACUCAAUAUAUGCUGGGCUCUGUGAAAAAUGCUUCAUAUGCAUUACCUAAUUUAAUAUUCACAAACACUUAGGAGGGAGGUUCCCCAUUUUACAGAUAGGAAAACUGAGUUUCAGAAAGGUUAAUUGGCCCAAGGUCAGACAUUUAGGAAGCCACACAGCCUGACUCUGAAUCCAGGUUGGUUUUUUUUUCUGACCCCAUGAUGGUCACUCCCAGGUUUUGCAAGCUUCCGAAGUGUAUUCUGAAUUACCACGUGAAAAAUUCACUUCUUUUGUGUAACACCAUAUUUCAAUAACAAGUCUGUUUCACCGCCUGCCAUGUCUGUUUUGUAGAAAAAAACCACCUCACUGAGCUAAGAAGUUGGACUCCUAGAAUAUUUUCAAUCAAAACGCCUGUUUACCUAACCCAUUAGCACACCGGUAACUUGUGAACAAGCUACCUCUUCACUGCAUUGCCCUGGGAGCUGCAGAACCAUGCAUUUUUUAGAGGUUAGGCAUUACAACCUCGUGCUCUCCCUACUUAUUUCUGGGCCACGAGCACUUGCUGGGCUCUGCCGGGCACGUUUAUGUCACGAGCUUCUCUUUAACAGUCACAGACGCCCCUAAUGUACAACAAAGUGUUAAGAUGCAGACGUAUACGAAUUACAGUUGGAUCACCAGCAAAUGAGCGGCUUUACCAGCGGCCAUCCCAUCCCGGGUUUUCACGCAACCCAUAAACACCGCUGCGUUAACUAGCAGGGGGCAGGGCUGGCGACUAACUGCCCCCUUUAGGGUCUCACCUGAUCUUCGAGGAGUUUCCAGCUCUCACGUGCGUGCUUUGAAACAGCAUUAAAGCCGCUCAGGGCAAGAGGAUUUAAAACUCCCAGAAAGACUCAAUCAGAGCUCAUUACUUGAUCGACCUCGAGGUAUGAAGAAAAGAGCAGCUUUAUGAACAAAUGAAACAACCGGAGGACUUUCUUCUAAGAGAUUUUUCUCGCAGACUGCGCUCUAUAAAUUGUGCUCUUUCAGGUUGGAGAAGGCAGUUUGGGAGAACCGCUGUAGCCUUCCAACUCCUUCCUCCCUUCUUCUUCUAAGAGAAGACUGGGAUAGCGGGAAAGCACCGUGUCGGAGCUCGAGGGGUUGAAAGACAAACGUUGGCCUGACCCUGGUCAUUAGAAAUCAACUGACAACAGGAAGGAAGCUUAUUAACCCCUCUGCUCCCCCUCCCUUUUCCCGGGGUGGGAAUCGGCUCCUCCUCCUCCUGGUCGCGCGACCCUGGUGUAAAAUGCAAGCAACAGCCUGCUUUCCGCACCCUGCCCUGCUCUCCCCGCGGAGGAAGAGGGACGAGGGGAGGGCGUAGCCCAAAGCCGCAAGUCUGUCACCCCGGCGUGAACAUCCCGAGCUAGACGACCUGAACCCCACGACUCUUGCCCCGUCCGGGCGCCCCGUUUACCUACGUCUCUGCGGGGUUUGCGCCCAGCACCCCAACUCCCAGCUUGAUUCCCCCCAGCCCCAAGACGCCCGCAACCCCUGUACCGCGCGCAGGUGGUGCAAACGCCCCUGCCCUUCGGCGCCCCCUGCCGGGAGAGGGAAGGCGGCGGCAGCCGCGGAGGAGCUGGGCCCAGGGCCGGGAGAGAGCGCCGGCGGCGGGAAGAAGCCGGGAGCUUCCCUGAUGGUGCCGCCGCCUCCGAGCCGGGGAGGGGCGGCGAGGGGGCAGCUGAGCAGGAGCCUGGGUCCGCUGCUGCUGCUCCUGGCGCUGGGACACACGUGGAGCUACCGAGAGGAGUCGGAAGACGGCGACAGAGAAGUCUGCUCGGAAAACAAAAUCGCCACGACCAAAUACCCGUGUCUGAAGCCUUCGGGUGAGCUCACCACGUGUUUCAGGAAAAAGUGCUGCAAGGGGUAUAAAUUUGUUCUUGGACAGUGCAUCCCAGAAGAUUAUGAUGUGUGCGCCGAGGCUCCCUGUGAACAGCAGUGCACAGACAACUUCGGCCGAGUGCUGUGUACUUGCUACCCAGGAUACCGUUAUGACCGGGAGCGACACCGGAAGCGGGAGAAACCGUACUGCCUGGAUAUCGAUGAGUGUGCCACCAGCAACGAGACGCUGUGUGCGCACAUCUGCAUCAACACCUUGGGCAGCUACCGCUGUGAAUGCCGGGAGGGCUACAUCCAGGAGGACGAUGGGCGAACGUGCACCAAGGGAGACAAAUACCCCAAUGAUACCGGGCACGAGGAGAAGUCCGAGAACGCGGUGAGAGCUGGGACCUGCUGUGCGUCGUGCAAGGAGUUUCACCAGAUGAAGCAGACGGUGCUGCAGCUGAAGCAAAAGAUUGCCCUGCUCCCCAACAGUGCUGCUGGCCUGGGCAAGUACGUCACUGGUGACAAGGUGCUGGCCUCAAACACCUACCUUCCAGGACCCCCUGGCCUGCCUGGGGGCCAGGGCCCUCCCGGCUCACCGGGACCAAAGGGCAGCCCAGGCUUCCCCGGCGUGCCAGGCCCUCCUGGGCAGCCUGGCCCACGGGGCUCAAUGGGACCCAUGGGACCAUCUCCUGAUCUGUCCCACAUUAAACAAGGCCGGAGGGGCCCUGUGGGUCCAGCAGGUGCACCCGGAAGAGAUGGUUCUAAGGGGGAGAGAGGAGCGCCUGGACCCAGAGGAUCUCCAGGACCCCCUGGUUCUUUCGACUUCCUGCUGCUUAUGCUGGCUGACAUCCGCAAUGACAUCGCGGAGCUGCAGGAAAAGGUGUUCGGGCACCGGACUCACUCUUCUGCCGAGGAGUUCCCUUCACCUCAGGGAUCUUCCAGCUAUCCAGAAGCCAUGGGCUUCGGCUCUGGAGACGACUACCCGAGAAGAACUGAGACAAGAGACUUGGGAGCCCCCGGAGACCUUUACCCUUAGCACAUCCCAGCAUCUUCGUGCCAAAGGAAGAGGAGAGAAGAGUGUUUCCACCUGCAGUUAGAUCGUCUAAAGAAAAAAGCAGACACCACUGGAGACCCAGAAAAGAUAGAUUUUUAUUUCUUUACUCUUUUCCCGCCUUCUCUCUGCUUCUCUUCUUCCAAAUACUAUCAUCAGAGUCCCCUGCCACACCCACUAAAGACAGGAGGGAGUGAAGGACUGAUGUGCAUGCUUCCUGCUGAGAGCCAGGCGGGGUGGUCUACAUUGGAACUGGUCUUUUACUCCUUUUUUUGUCAGGAACUUCUGGAUUUCUGAAUUAAGUGUCUCGCAGUGUCUUAAAAUUUGGCAGAAUAUCAAAAGGAAAAUGGCAAGGGGAGCUCUAAGAAAAUAUGAGUUUGCUUAUAAAAGAAAAAUAGAUAUGUGUCCAAAGUAGAUUAUUACUCUUCAGUAUCACAAUGAAGCCUCUUCAAUUAAAAGGGGGAGACCACGAUGUAUAUUUACUUUGGUGGGUAAUUCUUUUUCCUUGUCAACCCAAUAGAUUUUAAAUAUUCUAUCCUUUUGUCCAACUGUGUUUCCCAAUUUUGAUUAAAGAAAGGAGAAAAGAAGAGGUGGAGAUUAGAGAAGAUAGAGGAAGAUUACAGUCAUAUAUUUCUGUCAUAUAGGUUGCCACAUUUUAAAAUUCAAAUAUGCCUAUUAAGGCUCUUGCCAUGCUUAUCUAUAAGGAAAGUUAUUCUGGCUAUCGGAAUAAAUCCUCUUUUCAAAACAAAAUGAGUGUAUACAGUGCCCUGAUUCACAUUAGAACAAUGGGCUCCUGGUUUGCCAGGAUAUUUUAAAGCUCUUUGAUCAAGUGAGCAGUCUUGGUCUGUAAAGCACAGACUAUUGUUAACUAAGAGUGGCUGACCCUUAGGGAGAGAUGCAGAAUGGCCAGGCCGUGACCGGGCGCCCAGAAGGUGCUGUUAGCCCGUGAUCCAGGUUGAACGGUGUACAGUGGAGCUCCGGGCUGGAAGGAGGUUGCUGGCUUGGGUUGUUGGUGAGCCGGGAGCAGGGACCCCACUGAAUCAGCAGAGGCAGGUAAAUUUGCUCCUUGGGAAUUAGAAGUCCUUGUGUGGGGCCAGCCAAGCUUGCCAUCAUAGAGAAUCAUACACUAUUGAAAGUUCUCUUGGAUGGGGAGGGAAAAACCAAGUUUUCCUUGUUUGGCAGAAAUUUCCUUCCCGUUAUUCCCAUUUUUCCUUAGUUUCCAUAAUUUAGUCCACAUUCUAGCUCUUUCAGGACUUCUCCUGGAUUUCCCUUCAGCAACUGUGGGAAGCAAUCGGGAAAGGGGUGUCUUCCCAAACCUCCCACCGAACCAGUGUUUACUCAACACCCCUGGGUCCCAGAGGGAAGCAUGUUCUGGAAAAGGCUUUCUCUGGAUCCACAGACACAGGAGCGAGAUUGAGAGUGAGUGUUCCAGAGACCAGCAGGAGCGUCUGCUCCUUUGUCAUAUUGUUGGGGAACCUCUUGGUUUUAAUGAGCAGCUUACAGAUUUCUUCAAGUCCACUUUCUCAUUUGACAUCAGAAUGGCUGUUUAUCUACCUGUUCAGGGAUCUUCACCCUUGUAUUGAGCUUCACAAAUGAUCGUUGUCACAACUCCUGUUUGCUCAUGUUAGGGUUCCCAUUUCCCAUCCUGCAAUUUCCCCCUAUAUCUCUGGGAAGUUUGUGUUUAGUUUUCUUUUUUUAUCUCCUUAGCCUGCAUCAUUUAACUCUCCUCCUGGGAAAGCCUGUUUAAAGAGAACCACUGUUGGGUUUGUACGCCACUUUCAAUCUGCUUGCUUCACAGUGACAGGAAGAGCUUCUGUUUGUGAAUCUCAAGUGACAACAGCCUUGCUUCCCGCGUUCCCAUCAGGUUAGAAACCCAGGACUCCAGACAAUCAUCCGUGGCUGUUUUUCACCAACACUUUACCGCACUAUUUCUUCCUCAUGCAAAAUCCCCAGUGUCUGUCCACCAAAAUGUUAGAGCUGAAAGCAAAUACUUUCCCAAUGCUGGUUUUCUAGCAUCCUUCCUGCCCCUCCAGUCUCUCCAGAAUCUAGUCAUCACAGCAGAAGGCCUCGCCGACCACAGCUUCAGGAAGAGAUGAACUGAGCAACUGUCAAUUCCCAUCUGGAAUAUAUUUAAUGUUCGCCUGCUUGUGGAAGGCAGUAUUUAAAGGGUGUGAAUGGAUGAAUGCUAAAAAAAAAAAAAAAAAAAAAAAUGUACAGGCUGUAUGAGAAAUGAUUAGAUCUGCCUUUGAUUUUUUUUAAAUGAAUUUUAUUACUUUUCUUAACAGUGAACUGUAUUUAGAAAAAUAAUCAUCUUCUUUAUUGUCAAAUGCUCAUAAAAUGCAACUAAACUGCACGUUUGGCCAGAGGCUAGGGUAAUAUAUUAACAGAAUGAAUUAAAGGUAGUAAUAUCUGGGAUUUCUGAGACUAUUCUAAAUAUUUGCCAGCAAAACACACAAUAAUUUGUAUUUUAUCUCGGUCUGCUAAAGCAGAUCAAUUUGUAAAAUAAUUAUUCAUCGUAUUUUCAAAACUUGGACUACUACCACGGGACUAAAUAUGUACUCUGUAUGCCCAGAUUAUAUUUUUCAAAGAUAAGACGUAAGAAGGCACUGUUGUUCCUAAUGUAUCUUUUAGUUAUUGAUAAAAAAACUAAAGAUUCACUGUCUAAACAAAACUUAUGCUCAAAACCCAACAGAAACGCCAUUUUGGGGUGUGAAAUUUGCUAUAUAUAGUUUAGCAAAACCGCUUCAUGUUUCCUGAGGAAAAAGAUUUGGACACCUCCUCAACCAUUUAGCAGAAAUAUGGACGUGCAUUUUUUUGUACCCUGGUAAGCAGAACUUAGAAGAGGACUUACUGGGUUGCUCCUGUCUUUGGAAAGCAGUGGGAAGAAAAGUCUGCUGUGGAAAAUAGUGUCGGGAGGGCAUGCAUUUUAAUUUAGGAAAAUGCCUCCUCCCUUCCCAAUCCAGAGGGAGAAAUUCUAAGCUUUACUGUGCCAAAGGGUACGGAGCUACAAAGGGAAUGCUGUCUUCUCUCUCCUGAGAUAAUUUCGACACCUGCCACAGAAUGAAUCGACCAACCGACGUAAUUUCUACUGUAUAAACUCAGACAAGUGUGUCCAUAGCCACGCAGGUAAAUAAUAGAUGCGCACUGGCAUGGGGAGUGGAGGGGUUGCCCCACCAAACACCAGGCAAAGGGCACCCUGGUCUGGUCAUGCUGCCUUUCCAGGGUUCAUAACUACUGUUGGCCUUGUGAGCCCUGUAUCCAGGCAUGCAAGGGAAGAUAUUCACCAUGGCUAGGUGCCAGGCAUCUCCUUGGGUUGACAGCAGAUCCCUCAUCAUACUCUGGUGUCACCUCCUCCCUCUCUUCCCCCACUGCAGCCUGUCACAGAGAGAGACAGCAGCCUCAUUGUGCAACCUUACAUCUUUCAGAUAACCUUCCUGAAAAGGAAAAUUAUUUGCAGGAAUCCAGGCCAAACAAUUAGUAGAACAGAGCCAUCUAAAGCUAUUAAUAAUGAAUUCAGGGAAAUAGAUGAAAUUUUUCCUGGCACAGUCAGCAUGUAUGUUUCACAACAAAUCAAAAAAUAACUUUCCAUUUGAGAAAAAGAAAAAACCGUGACCGUAGUUGUUGAAUAAAAUGUUGAACCUCACGUGCUCCUUCAACAAAUCUUAACUGCUUUAGGGACUCAUAGAAAAAAGACCCUUUUACACAUCCCCCAGGGACCUCAGUAUUCUUUAUGAGAUCCCCAGAGCAAGUGCCUUGGGGAAUUUCAUGUGUUGUGGCUGUUUUUAUUUGCCAGUGACUAGUCAUAUCCUUCAGUAGCUACGUUCAUUAUUGAUAACAGGUCCAUGUAACGGCUGAACUAGUAUUCAAAUAGUCAUGGAUGUGAUACUAUGAAGUACUUUUGAUAAGAUUAUAAUAUGCUUAAUAACAAAGUUAUUUUUUA